AUGCCCGUUGACGGGCGAAAUAAUUUUCUCGAUUCGAUUAAAUUUUACGAAGAUGGAAACCCAGAAGUGAAAUUACUGCUCGAAAACGAAUGCAAUGUGCUAUACGAAUGCAGGUAAGUGUUCGAUUACAUAUUUUUGUUAUUUGUUUUAGGAUAUGUCAGAAAGUAUUUAAAACCAUCAUCUCGCUGGUAUCUCAUAAAAGGACAGUUUGUAAAGAUUCUUGUAAUGUAGAGGCGUUGACAGAGAAGAACGAGUUUUUGAAGAAAUUACAGAAUGAACUUAAGAAGUCAAAGGAUGGAAAUUUUGGUAAGAUUUGUUUUGUUAUAUUUUAGGUAUAUCUUUUUUAUCACUAACUUUAUUUUUUACUUUUAGAGAUUGCAAACUUUUGCCGACAAGGGAAGACAAAUUUGUUGUCAAUACUGGCAGAGAGACGAGAAUAUCUGGGUACAGGAACUUUUGGAUAUCCUUCAAAAUCAGUUCCGUUGUCGACUUUCCAACAUGGAUAUCAGUUGACAGAGAAACCAGGGACUACUGAUAAGGUAGUGGUGGUACUUCCUCAGGAUAGUUCUACGUCAUACGGAGAAAUGCGUCUACGAAAGCGACGUGUCGAUGAAAGAUAUACGGAAUUGUAUCCAGAACAAGUAAGUUACCCAUUUUUAAUAUCAGUUCGUCGUUUAGGUGGAUUUGUUAACUAAAAUACCGGACGAAAUCAUGCAAUAUGCUGAUGUUAACACAUUCUCGUGCAAACAUCCAAAGUGCAAAGGAAUGAGAGCAUUUAUUGACUUUGAAAUACUCACUUACCAUUUGUGUAUAUCUCACCAGCCAGAAGGAAUGGAGAUGGCACCUCUUUGCUAUUUCUGCUCGAAAAAGUUUACAAGGUAGGUUUUAUAAUUUUUUUUGUAUGUAUAGCUUUUUUUAUUCAUAACUUUUUAUUUGAUAUUUUAGUUUUAUUCGACUGAAGAAUCAUUUGAAAACUUCCCACAGCCAAAUUAGGAUACGACAUUGUAAUAGCCGUGGACGCUUUCAACAGAGGACUAAAAAGGUAUGAUGCUGUUUUUUUCUGUUACUUGACAUAUAAAUAGGUAACAAUAGUAUCUGACAUAUAAAUAGGAAAAAUAGUAAAAUAGGUAACAAUAGUAUGAUUUUUAACAUAUUUUACAAAUUCAGAAGCCGGAGAGGUCGAGCUUAAGUCCCAACAACUUUGCGACAUGUUUUGAAGAUGAAAUCAAUGCUAUUUUGGAAUCUCAGGAAUCUGCCACUUCAGAAACGUCAAUCAAUUCUUCUCCAGUCAAACAAAAGUUGCCAAGAAAGUUGUCACCGAAGAAGAAGAUGGUGAAGACACCAGCCAAGAAGAUAGAGUCGUUGGACGAACAGAUCUCAGUUAUUGUGGCAAAUGCAGUGAACAGGUCACAAGAAGAAAGUAUGGAGGAAGAGGAGAUCGACAAUCAGCUCAAUAUAUCAGAUCGGGUAUGUUGAUAUAAGUACUUCUAUUUUGCUUUUAGAAGAAGAAGGAUAAGGCGAAACCCAUACUCAAAAGGCAGAUAUCAGAAGAAAGUGAGGGAAGCAGUGACACCCCCAUCACUUUGAUAGCCGGAAGGGAACCACGGGCUCGACUGGUCAAUAAGAAGUUUACUAACGAUUAUGUGUUACCUAAAAAGUUCAAGCCAGUCAAUAUGGAUGAGGAUGUUGAGUUUAGGAACAGCCAAGAGGCCAUGGAAAGGGAAUCUGUAAGUUUAGUUUUGUUUAAAGUGUUAAUAAGAGUAUUUAUUAUUAGUAUAGUUUAUAUUAUUUAUAUUGCGUUUCGGAAGUAAGCUGCUCUUUAAGAUGAACUACUACAUUUUAUUUCUUUUAUUUCAGUCUGUUCCAAAACGCAAAAUGAAGAUAAAGAAGCCCGAAAGAGCUCAGUCGAAUCCAGUUAACGAUCGGCCAGAGCUGACAAUUCUAACAACGAUGAAAGAAGAACCGGUGUCUGAUCCGGCUAGUCCAAUACCAACGACCGACUUUGUUUUACCGACUAUGACAGAAGUGACAGUCAAAGUGUCACCUUCUAAACAUCACAAGCCUGAAGUUGAGUUUGGAAGGAACGACCCAUUCACAGGAAAGCCGAGGUCGAAUCUGGGCUCUGCCAACAACUCACCUUUGAAGACCUUCUUCCCAUCUGCUCUGAUCGGAGCUCAUAAGGAAACGGAGACAUUGAACACUCCUAACAAAUCGACUGGUAAGUUGUUAAUUAUCUUUUACUCUUAAGUCGGAAGUUGUUAUGAUAAAUGAUCAAUGUGAAGAUGUGUUUCAUUAUCAUUGACAAGAAUAGACAAUUUUUGGUGAUUUAUCGAUGAUAAGCUUAAAAAUGUGUUAUAGGUGCUUCAGCGAGUCAAGAAAGCAGAGGCGAAGCAGCAUCUAGGAGAAAACAGAACUAUGCAGCUUUGAACAAGGAUAAGGAACCGGCUGACGAUGUUAAAGUGAGUUCAAUGUGAUUUAAUUUAUAACAUCUUCUAUAACAAUCGAGAUGUGUUAUACUCCAACGGCACAGACAAUUUUAAAGUGUUACAAGUAUGCCCAAUUUUGAAUGUAAAUAGUUUGGCUAUUAUAAAACAUGAUACAUAUUAUUUCAGUUGAUACAAGUUUCUGGAGAGAAGCCUUGUCGUCCUGACGAUCUGUUGAGUCUUCCAGUAAUGUUGUCACAAACGCAGAGGAAGAUGUUCUUCGAGCCUUUGAAACCUUUGUUUAGCGAAAAAGAAGCUAAACUGGGACGUGAUGGUCUACAUCAAUGUGCUGAGUGUGGUCAGACGUGUAGGAAUCUGACGGUAUGUUUAAUACUUAAAAUAACUUGUUUUAUAUUUGUAGACUCAUUAAUUUAAUGACGGAUAAAAAUGUAAAAGAAAUGAUCAUGUUAAGGGUUUUUACUAAAUUCAAUAUACUUUUAAUGUUUAGGAGGGUCAGAAGCACAUGAUUGGUCACGUCCGUGCCAUUAGAUUGAAGUGUUCCCUGUGUGACGUGGGGGCUUUCUUCUGUGCUGACAUCCGAAAACAUUUAAUGUACCGUUACUGUGAGAAUAUUCAUUUAGCUCCGAAAGAAAUGAUCGACUCUGGUACUCCGUGUAUGAGUCCUCAGACGGUAAGGCGAUUUUUUAAACUCUAAGAUUUCGAUGCCACGAUUUUAAUAAUGUCACCUUUCAGGCUGAUAAGUUAAUUAAGAUCGCUGAUCCCAAUAAUCCGGGACGAGCGGUAUACACGUCAGGAAAGGUAAGUGCCAUAACGUUAUUUUAAAAAAAUAGUGCAUAAAAAUUCGCUUUUUUAAUCAUUAUGUCUGGCAUGUAACUUGUUAAUAACCCAACUUUAGAUCAUCACAAGUGAAUCCCCGAACCCUUACUAUCCCGACCCUAAAAUCGAGAACAUUCUUUUGGGAAGCGUGAGGCCGUUGAUGAAGAGCUUGUCCAACAAGAAGAUCUCCAUCAUCAGGAAGAUCAACCCCCACAAGCCUUUAAACGAUCAGAACCCUUCCACUUCCAGUCCUAGUCAUGUCCCUGAAAUGGGUCCCAAAAUAGAGCUGAGACCAGUUCUAACAAGGCCGACGGUACAAACGAAGUCUGCAGACCAGAAGACAGACGAGGAGUUCAAUCCUGCUAGCGAGAUACCCAUGACUAUACGAUUGGGAAGGAAUACACCAGCUACUUCUAGCUCGUAG